AUGAUCUUAGCAAGUAUUCCAGACAGCUAUUUUAGACCGAGCAAACUCCGCUUUGUGGAGGUAGAAGCAGAUAUAGGAACAGGUCCAGAAGAAGGUAGAGGAGAUACAGAGAUAGCAGGAACAGGAUCAGACAUAGAGCAAACAUUUAUAACCAUAGUACCUCCGUUAACAAGACUGCAUAACGACGCAAGGACAAGCAAAAAAGCGAGCAUAGUCAAAUAG